AUGGCCAUAAGCGAAUCUUUCGUAACGUUACCAAUGAAAGCUGGCAAAAACCUCACUCAGCAGAGUGUACUUGUGGUAUGUGAAACUGUGUCUAGUUUACUGACGCCGGUGGUGGAAAUAAGUCAAGGCAAGUUGCGAGGAUCGAGAAGCUUGUUCGGACAAAACCGGUAUUAUAACAUACCUUAUGCAGUUGCUGCCAGAUUUCAGAAACCAAAGGAACCGUCAAAAUGGCAUGGUAUAUUCGAUGCUAUUCAUAGCAGUCUACAACUGAGGUGUCCACAGUGGAGGAAGUUUUUUGUUUUCGGAAAAGAAGAGUGCCUUUAUCUCGAUGUCUUCUCACCAGAGUGGGCAACACCAAGAAGCAAACUACCCGUCAUGGUCUACCUCCACGGCGGCGCUUACUACAUGGGUGCAAAAAAUCUCUAUGACCCAGAAUUUCUAGUAGUCAAAAACACUGUCGUCGUUACGGUCAAUUAUCGGCUCGGCGUUCUUGGGUUCUUAUGUUUAAAUGGAAUAUCUAAUUUGGGACUUCGAGACCAAGUCGCUGCUUUAAAGUGGAUACAAAAGAAUAUUGCAGCAUUCGGUGGCGAUACAGAAAAUGUCACCCUAUGUGGGGAGAGUGCGGGUGCUAGCUCGGCGGCAUUUCAUCUACUUUCAGAACUUAGCAGAGGAUUAUUCCAUAAAAUGAUUCUCAUGAGUGGCACAGCCUUGUCUGUUUGGGCAUUUAAUCAAGAAUCUACUGAACCAGCGUUUAAAGACGCGAGCAAAAUUUCAGAAGUAAAUUCAGAUGAAGAUGUUUUUAAAGUAUUUACGGAAGCUCCACUAGAAACGUUAAUAAAAGCAACCAAGGACACAUCAGUUAAUCCUAGAUAUUUCAAAUAUUCCCCAUGCGUGGACUCUCACAAUCCAGAUCCGUUCUUCAGGGACACUCCAUACAAUAUAAUGAAAUCGGGUAACUUUAAUAGUGUCCCUGUUAUGAUGGGCUUCACUGAAUCGGAGGGAUCUUACUUCUAUGGAUUAUUGGAUGAGUCUUCGGUCGCCAAUCUGAAUGACAAUUUUGCCGAUAUGAUACCAUCAUUAUUUUCAUGGUGUCCCAACAAUAGACAGCAAGUGGCAACACUCCUACGAUCUCACUAUUUUGGAUGCGGUAAUAUUACAAUGAAUUCCGUAAACAAUUUGGUUCGAUUUUAUUCUGACUGGGUGGCGUAUGCUGCUAUUCUAGCAUUCUCUAAAGUCUUAACUAAGUUUUCUAACAAACCUGUCUAUAACUAUUUAUUCGCCUAUGAGGGUGACAGAGAAUUUGCGAAAAUCUUUAUAAGAGACCUUAAAGGCCCUGUCCAUGCUGGAGAGUUGUUCUACAUUUUCAAACCCUUCGGGAUUUCAAUGUUACUUUCAACGAGGGAUGAAAGAUUUAUUGUUAAAUUUACUACGAUGAUGACAAACUUCAUGAGAUAUGGGAAUCCAACACCAAAGACUUCCAAGCUGCUACCAUGGCCUCCUGCGACGAAAAAUGCUUCAAACAUUAUGGUUCUAGAUCAGAAACUCUCUGUUUUAAAGCAACCAUAUAAGCGUCACACUGGUGAGUUUUUCCUAAAUCUGCUCUGCACAUAUGGAGAAGCUGGUUAUGUACCCUGUGACAGUUCUCAAAUAUGCUUGAAAAAUUAA